AUGAGGCAAGCAAGGAAGAAGGGACUUUUAAAUGACAAAGAUAAACGACUCAGACUUUCCUACGCGCGUGAAAUGACAAGAGUUUUACGUGACCACUCAGAUUACUACACUAAUCACGUGGCUUUCUAUCUGGACGCAGUAUCGUUUGUACACAAGAACGACCCUCGUAAGGCAGCAAUUCAACCGAACUCGCGAGUGUGGAGAAAGAAAGGGGAAGGGCUUGCCGUCACUGCGAAAGGCAGCAAAACUCUGGCAGGUGGGAUACGCCUUCAUGUUCUUGCAGCCAUCGCUUGGGGCAAGGGUAUCAUCCUCAGCAAGGUCUACAAUAAAAUGAACGGUGAUUUUUUCGCAGAAUUUGUCCAAAAUAACUUUAAUUUGUGUUUUGGAAAAGCAGGACCUAAAACCGGAAGAAAGAGAUUGUUU